AUGCCGAUAGACCGAGAAGGCACGGAGCUUUCACCAGUUGGUGAGUCGAUUUCUGCGGAGCGCAGUCCUUGGAGCUUUGCCCGUUUUCCUGGUCUGGUGAUGGCCGAUGGUCCCUCGGCGCAGGGUGCUGUGCAAUUGAAAGAAUCUGAGGAAAAGAUGAACCUGGAAUCCUUCCUCAACUAUGUGGCUUUUAACAAGAAGGCCCAAGUGCAAGUUCUAGACCUCUCGGAAGCCAAUGCCGAAAAAGCCAAUGCAGAGGCGCAGAUGGUCUUGCGGGGAGCCUUGAACUUCAAGCGCGUGGAUGUCGCAAAGGAACUCUACGAGCAGUUGGCUGCUGCCAAUGUCGAUAUUUUCUCAGCAACUUUUUCAUUGAUGAUCGAGGCUAGUGUGCUGGCGAAGGAUUUGAAGACCUCUAGCGACUUCCUGAUGAAGAUGGAAUCUUCUGGUCACAGUCCAAGCAGUGAACUAUUGGACAAGGUGUUGGACCUCUACUCCAACCAGAAGACCCAGCGGGAGCAGGUGAAGAACAAAUCAUCCAACAAGGAGGAUGAGAUCAUUAGUGGCGCGACAGAGAAGGAGGUGAUCCUUCCAAGACAGAAACUGAAAUCAGACGCUCGGAUUUUUGUGCCCAGCUUCGGCAUCCCACCACCUCCUCCAAAGCCAAAGCGUGAAGAGAGUCCGGUCGAGGCUGAUUCGCAGCGGACAAAGCUAAUGGCCACUGCCAAACCUUUUGAACCGGGCACGUGGAUGCUAGAUGUUCCGCAGGAGGACUUCAUGACAGGGCAAGAGGUGUAUGAAGGAGGAAAACAAACUUAUCCAAGAAACGGCAAAAAAGAAGAAGCAAAAAAGAUGUGGAAGCCCAAGGCUCCAGCAUGUGCCCCAAUGGAUUGA